UAAAUUUCCCGCGCUUAGGAUUAGCGACAUCUGCAGUAAGUGCUGUGCUACUGUUGGCGUGAGCGUAGCGUUGUCGAAUGUUAGAUUAUUACAUGGCGGCUUCGCCGUCAUGUUAAAUUUCGUUCAUUACGGAUUGCGUCGGCAAGAGAUCAACUAGUAUUUCUUGGUGGACAAACCUCCCAGUGGCGUCGAUUGAGCGUUGAUACGUAACUAAUUUCAACCAAUCAUGUCGGGAGGUGUAGACGCUCUUCAACUGAAGGAAGAAGAUGUCACGAAGUUCCUUGCCUGUGGUGCCCAUCUGGGUACUAACAAUCUGGAUUUCCAGAUGGAACAAUACGUCUACAAACGUAACUCGCGCGGUAUUUACAUCGUGAAUCUGCGCAAAACCUGGGAAAAACUUCUGCUUGCCGCCCGUGCCAUCGUUGCGAUCGAACACCCGGCUGAUGUCUGCGUGAUGUCCGCCCGUCCCCACGGACAGCGUGCCGUGUUGAAGUAUGCUACAUACACUGGAGCAACCCCAAUUGCUGGACGUUUUACGCCUGGUGCCUUCACUAAUCAGAUUCAGGCAGCCUUCCGUGAACCGCGACUCCUGAUCGUCACCGACCCGCGACUAGACCACCAACCGAUUUCGGAAGCGUCUUACGUCAAUAUACCCGUCAUCGGUUUUUGCAACUCGGAUAGUCCUCUCCGCUUCGUGGAUAUUGCUAUUCCGUGCAAUAAUAAGAGCACCCAUGCGAUCGGGUUGAUGUGGUGGAUGUUGGCUCGCGAGGUUUUGCGUCUUCGUGGAGCUAUCUCUCCAAAGGUUCCAUGGGAAGUAAUGGUGGACUUAUUCUUCCAUCGUGAAGCAGAGGAGACCGAGAAGGAAGAGCAGAAGGAGGGAGCAGGUCGUGCGAUCGAGUCUGCACCGGCUCCUGAUUUCAGUGCUCCUGCCGCCGUUGUUACGGAUAGCUGGGGAGGAGAGCCUGCUGGUAUCACUAUGUCUCAGUGGCCUGCUGAGGCUCCAGCUGUGGUUCCUGGCGUUCGUGCUUCUGUUCCAACUACGACCGACUGGGCUGCCGAAGCUGAUGACUGGGGUGCAACCACGGUUGCUGCACCGGCUGCUGCUGCUGCUCCGAUCGUUGGCGCUGGUGACAGCUGGGGUGGAGGACCAGCGGAAAGAUGGAGUUGAACUUUCCAAUGUGAAGAUGGAAUGGUGGCACUGUUGUUGAAGUUCCGGCGGAAAUAAAAGCGAAGUGCCCAGAGGAAA